AGUAAACUAUUUCCGCUCACUUCGAAUAGCAUAGCAACAACAGAACCACGAGAAUAUGGUGAAAUUACAUAUAAAAAAAGGAGAUGAGGACCAAUUCCUCAUCGAAACAACUGUUCAAAUUAGUGUUGAAGAUCUUAUGAAACUUUUGAUACCAAUCUAUAAUGGUCGCUUAAAAGUUAAUCGAAUCUGUUCGGAGAUCGAAAUGCUUGCUGAAAGCGGUGCAUCUCUGCCUCCAAACAUGCAAGGUUUGACCGAAGAGCAAGUAGAAGAAUUGAGACUAGUCGAUGAAUGGACCGAAAAGUGUUCACCGAGCGGUGGUUAUGAUUUUAAGAGGGAUGUGAUGGGAAGGAGAAAUGGAAGAUCUCCAAGUCAAAAAAUGAAAGAUGUUUUAUUAAAAACAGUUAAAGAAGCUAAAGAAAUGAUUAGCAAGAAGAAAAUCGGUGAAGGUGUGUUCGUAACUCAGAAUACUGUAGAUGAGGCUCUGUCAAUUUUAAGGGGAGCGGUCACUAUUGUUUAUCCAAUGAAUCUACCUCCUCAUGAUCCCAUACGUAUGGAAUUUGAGAACGUUGAGGAUUUGGCCGGAACACAAGCUUCCCUGGAAAUUUUAAAUAUCGAAGAUUCCGCAAUCUGGUGGGCGGGCAAAGAAUUUCAACGAGGCAAAAAUCUUCAAGACUACGUGGGAAAGAACGAAAAGACAAAAAUAUUAUGCAAACUACAAAAACGUGGAGGAGGACCACCAGCUAGAGAACCAGUUGUUAAUGAAGAUGAAAGAAAAGCUAUGAUGUCCUACUAUUACAAAAAACAGGAAGAGUUCAAAAAACUGGAGAAGGAGAGUGAUGACGAAUAUCUAAACUCAGACUGGUGCGAUAACAACGCCUUAAAAAGGCAGUUCCAGGGCAUGACGGAUAUCAAAUGGAAAUCGGGCUUCCGAUAG